UCAUUAUUUUAGUAUUUCGAAAAAAUUGCUCCAGAUAAGUCACGUAUUUCGACAGAUAAGUUAAGUCAAAUAGACGUGUACCCGCGCAACAAAACCCCUUUAACACAAUAAUACGGGGAAUGGGUUAACCAUUAUAGGAUAUUUGAAAUGAAUUCUCACGACGAGGAAGAACUUCCCAUAAGGACGGUUAUUAAAUACGAAAAAACCUCGUGUUACUUCUGCAACGAAUGGUUGGAAUCACAAACUUUCAAGGAACACUUGAUUCAUUGUGGUCAAGUACUGGAACCAUGUCCCAAUGGAUGCUCAGCUUACAUUCAAAGAAAGAAAAUGCGGUCACAUCUGAGAGAUUGUCCCAAAUUGAAUAUGCGAACUUUAACCUCGAAUGGAUUAGAUGGAACAAUGGAAAGUAGAAUUGAGAUGCUAGAACAGGAUAUUUCUGCAUUGAGAUCUGUUCUAAACGAAGAAAUUCGACAGAGGUUACAUUUGAUAACGGAUGUGGGAAGUUUAAGGAAACAAAAUCAGGUUUCAGAUGAAUGGAAUCAGGAAACCGAUCAAAUUAUGGGACGACUACAAAAACUCAUAAACCAAGAAUCUGAGCUACGAAUUGCAGCUAUCGAAGAGUGUCAACAUGAUUUUCGGUAUAAUUACGAUUUGACACAAACUAUAAAAACUGACCUUGAAAAUUCCAUAAACCAGUUGGAAAAGGAAAUUUCAGACCUUACAAUGGAAACAAAGAGAUCACAAAAUAGAAUAACAGAAUCCUUAAUAAAAUUAGACGAAAAUGUUAUGGAACAGGAAAAUAGCUUCAAAUUAAAUUUCAAACAAUUAGAAUUGUUUGUUCACGAGCUCAGUAGCGAUCUUAAGACUCGUUAUGCCGGCAAUACCGAAGUUAGUGCAAAACAAUUGAAAAUGGACUACGAAAUUAAGAGCAUGAAAAAUAUAGUUUGCGAGACUGAAGAUAAAUGUGAGAAAUUAGAAAAACUUGUGAGGGAUGUGGACAAAGCCUUACAUCACACAAUGCAGAGCCUUUCAGAUUUGGAGGUUAAUUUGAUGUCGCAGUAUAAAAUGUAUUCAAUUCAGAAUACUAAAGGACAUCUUCUUUGGCGUAUCAGUGAUUUUCAAAAGAAGUUCGAUGAAGCAAAACAACACGAUACCGUUUUGCAAAGUCCAAUCUUUUGCAAUAAGUCUUAUGGAUAUACUCUAAGGGUUGAAAUGUACCUUAAUGGUAAAGGUUCUUGGAAAGGACGAAAUAUAAUUGCCUGCUUGAAUGUUAUUCCAGGAGAAUAUGACCCACUCUUAACAUGGCCGUGUAAGCUACAGGCUGAUGUUCUGAUACGUGAUCAAAAUACUGAUCCAACUGGUGUUCAAGAUUAUGUAAAAACAGUUGUAGUGCGAAGAAAAAGUGACGAAUUCCAAAGCAAUCAAUUCUUUUAUAUUCCACAUAAAAUUUUAGGAAAUAGACAUUAUAUUAAGGAUGAUACUCUAUUUUUGGAAAUUUAUGUUCAUAAAAAUAAAUAUUUGUAAAUUUUAAA